UUGAGUGUAUUAUAAUUUUGUGAUAAAAAUUUCAAGGAAAAAACACACACAACCUCCUUCCUCCCUUCCUUCAGGGAGGGUAGAGAGUUUGAGCGGAGAGAAAAAUCUAUCCGAGACAGAACAGGGACAGUGAGAAAAAUAUAUGAGUGGGAGAGGGAGAAGGAGGAGGAGGAGAAGGAGGGGGAGCAAAUUAAAAGUUGCCAAAUGGAGAUAUUGGGUUUCAAGCUGAGUGAGACAGGAGUAAAGGGUUUGCCUGUUUAGAGUCGUCUUUAUGUUAUGCUAAUCGCGAUUAUUUCGACGCUGCGUAGUCAUGUGUCAUUUUCGACGGAUUGUAGCCGACGUUUUCCAAAAUAGGUUUCGCCGACAUCGCGGCUAGCUAACAAGAACAGGCCGUUGUUGAGCGUUAAAAUGUCGCAGCAUGGAGAGCUGCCCGUCCAGAACACGGUCUGGUCCAAAAUAGCAGCCCGAUGGAAACGCGUCGGUUCGGCAUAUCGAGACAAAUGUGACGCUUUUUGUGCUGGCAGCGGAACCACAUAGCGGACAAGUGAAUUCCUCCCCGACAGAGAGAGAAAGAAGGAAAGAAAGAAAGAGACCCAGCCUACUUCAGGAAAUAAGAUUAGAAGAUUAGAUGACUGAACCCAUGCUUCCUGCUGUUAAUCUGUGCCAUGGACGAUGAGGACGAUCGCCAUCUUCUGGAUAUUUUAGGGGAUGUAGAUGCAUUGAAUGACUAUCUCCAUGGCAACAACAGCAAGUCCAUUGAGGAGGAUGAUGUAACAAAUGCAGCAUAUGGAUCAGAUGGAUCUUUCUUUGCUAGUGAUGCAGCUGGCUCCAACACUGGGCUCAAGGAUGGCUCUUCAUCAAUGGGUGAAUUCGGUGACGAUUCAGCUGGGGCAGGCCUCCAGCUCUCCAGCAGCCUGUCAUUUAUCGAGGAUGAAUUGGUGUCUGGAAACUCCCCCGGUGGUGGGGACCUCGGAGGGGAGGACCAGCCCUUUGACAUCCUACAGAAGUCUCUUCUGGAGGCUGACAUCACAGAGCAGACACUGGCUCAGGAGGCCUUACUGGAUGCCCAGCCUGCUCCCACUCUAGUGCAGGCUCCGGUUCCUUUCCCUUCGCAGCUUGUCUCUGGGGCUUAUGGAGGGGGAGUUGGUGUGGUUACAACGGCGGCAGCUGCGUUCCCCACCGGCCAGUUUCAGCUGCCCAAUGGCUCAGCCCAGCACAUCCAGUUGUUAGGCUCCUUUGGGGCCAGUGGGGGGGUGAUGACUCUGAGCAGCUUGGAGAGAACUCCUCAGAUUGUGUUAAGGCCAGGGGCGCCUGUAGGUGCUGCAGGGAACACAACAGGGGGGCAGGUGUUUGCUCCUACACAAGGGCAAGUAGGCCAAGUUGGCUUACCUUUUAAAAACAUCCCCCUUCAAAACAUCAUCAUCCAGAGAGGCCCGGGAGGGACGCAAACUCUUGUCAGACCUAUCCAACCUAAACCUCUUCAAGCUGGGGCUCAGACUGUCUAUAGCCUUGGUCUUCAGCCCACUUCCAAUACAAUGGCAAAUGUGGUUAAUGCUAACACCCCUGGUGGGCAAUAUACAGCCAAUGGCUCCAUUGUAGUCCAGUCACCCAUGGAGCACCAACAAGUGCAGGCACAGACAAACGUACCACCUGGACAAUACUUACUUCCCAGCUCUUUGGCAGUAACUCCAGGCAAUACCAUCCACAGUGGCCCCACAGACUCUAACUCAAAUACCCUAAUUACAAGUCAGAAUGCGGUGCAGAUUGUUGCAGGGCAGAACUUCACUGCACCACAAAGGGGUCAACUUAUUUUGAAUCAGGGAGUAGUCACUGGAUGUCAGGUUGGGGCAGGUGUGACCCAAACAUGGACAGGAGUGUCUUGUACAAGCUCUGCUCCUGUACAGACUUCAUGCGCCCCUGGGCGGCUAACUCUGGUUGGCCCAGCAACAGCAUCAGUUGUUGGUCAAGGCCAAGUGUCGGCAAGUCCUGUGCAGCGCCUUCUAGUCACUCAGACUCAGAACUGCACUGCUCUGUCCCCUUUACCUGGAACUGUGACACAUGAGCAAAACUACAGACAGAAUUCUAUAUCACCUGCACUCAACCAGACACAACUCAGCAGCAUUCAUGCUAUGAACACCAUGAUACAAGAUUCAACACUAAACUCUCAGGUCAGUACGCUGAAGCGGCCUGCCCUUCAACCACUUACAAGAGAUGGAAUGAUUUUACAACAGCUGGUGAGGGAUCAUGCUGGAGUUCAUACUCCAGACAGACGUCAAUUCACCUCGGUCAGUGAUGCACUGCAAAGACUUCUCCCGUACCAUGUGUUCCAGGGGGCUCCACCUGGCCAGUACGAGUUCUCACAGGUGGACGAUGAAUUUGAGGUAGUUGCGACUCAAGUGCUGAAGAGGACCCAGGCCAUGGUGAACAAAUACAGACGACUGCUGCUGGUAGAAGCUGAGCGUUCAAGUCCAUCAUCAGAAAUGGUGAUGAUUGACAGGACCUUUAACCAGGAGGAACGAAGCAACCUGACGCAAGACAAACGCAUGAUACUAGUGGAUCCAGACAGCUUCUUGGAAGACUUCUGUUGUGGGAUGAAAUCUAAAAUUUUCCAAGACCCAGCCCCACCUCAGUCCAGCUGUAGUUGGAAUCAGGCAGACAGAAACGCCACAGAGUCACCGCACAGGACAGACUCCCAGCCCGGGUGUGAAGAUCCGGGAGGGGGUGGGGAUGUAGGAUCAGGUGCAGCGGAUAGACUCCACCCUCAGCACUUAGAGAACAUGAGCGUCCUUGAACUAAAGAGAUCCCAGCAGCGCUGUGGGCCCAGCAGCACGAGCAGCAACAGCAUAACUGCUGCUGACAGCUAUCACCAAGGUAACCCCUCACCUUUCGCAGCAACACCGCAAGGACAGACACACUACCAAGAUUCCCCCCAAUUGUCCUCCCAUCGGAUCCAGCCCCAGUACCCACCUCAGCUCACUUCACCCCCCCACCCUGACACAGACUCUGCUCUAGAGGCGGCAGUCAACAGCAUCCUGGAAUGUUAACACUGAGGCUUUUCAUAUCAUCCUCCAGUGUAUUGUUUUUUGUUUUUUUUAUGUGUGUAUGUUGUUUUGUUUUUUUGACAAACUCUCCUGUUGUACUGUUUGUUAUACCACCACAAAAUGAUCCCUGUGUGAAGAGAGGUGAACUCUUCCGUCAGUUCCCUGGUCUUUGUGAGAUGAUCUCUGGCCAUGUAGCAUGUAUUUGCUUUUGUAUUUCUUUUUCUUUCAUUUUAAAGUAUAAUUUAGGAGUCAAGGUAAACAUAGGCACUGAAAAUUACCUAUAAUGAUCCGGGAAUUUGUGCAAUGCAAUGGACUGACAGAUGGAAAAAUUAUCUUCUUGUUUUUGUGAGCAUUAUUUUACAGGCACAGGGACGUCAGUAGCUUGGAUGUAGGUUUUCCUCUCUUCACACACGCACACAUACGUACACGCGCCAUUAAUAUUUCGUGCCAGCUGAUAUCCCCCCCCCCCCUUACGUUUGC